AAACGUGGACGCCGGACUUCCCCACAAAACGAACCCAGUUUCUCUCUUUCUUCCGCACGCAAACACAGAGACGUCGGAGCAAUAAUGGCGGCGCCGGUCGGAAUCGCAGUGAGGACGCUGUUGAGCGUGUUGGGCUGUUUGAUGGUGGCGGUGCUUAUUUACACAAUCGCCACCGAUGGCCUCCCUUUUCGUACAGAGCUACUCACUAGGUGGAUGGCAGCAUUACUGAUAGAUUUCUACAUACAUAUUGCUAUCAUAGGGGCUUGGGUUGUCUACAAGGAAUCAAGCUGGAUCAUUGCCUCAGUUUGGGUGAUUUUAUUAAUUUGUUUUGGAAGUGUCACAACCUGUGGAUACAUCGUUCUACAGUUCUACAAGCUAACACCUGAAGAAUCUUCAAAGGAUCCUAUUUACUUUGUGUUGGUGUCACACCAAAAAAGAGAUGACAUGGAACACAAAAAGGGACUUUCUGUUGUAAUUGCAAGAGUAAUAUUUGGGGUAUUAGGCUGCUUAAUGCUUGGAACUUUGCUUUACACACUUAUUGUUGAUGGAUCUCCAUUUCGUGCUGAAUUAUACACUCCGUGGAUAGUGGCUACACUGAUCGACUUUUACAUCAAUGUUGUUGCUUUAUCGGUGUGGAUAGCAUAUAAGGAAUCAAGUUGGAUAAGUGCUUUGUUGUGGAUAGUUUUUCUUGUAUGUUGUGGGAGUAUUACUACAUGUGUAUACAUAGUGAGGCAGCUGUUAUAUCUCUCUCCUGAUCAGCCUAUUUCCCUUAUACUUUUCAAGAACAAUCACAGAGAUUUGAAGCCAAUUGAUCCACCAUUGAUAGUGGGUGUGAAUGAAUAGUGAAUGCGUUGUAUUCUUGUUGUAUCAUGUGGAAUUGUGUAUAUUAAAUUGUUAUUAAAGGUAAAUCAUACAAGUGUAUUAAUGACAUUAUGUUUAUUUCAAAUCAAUAAUUGCAAUAUUAUAAACAGGCGUC